AGAGAGAGAGAGAGAGAGACGCAGAUUGCCAGACAACAGCAGAAGGUUGAGGAUACACACACACACGCUCCGGGAGGCAGAGCAGAGACCAAACGCUUCCUGUCCAGCCACCACUGCUCAUUCAGAGGAGUUGAACAGAGACCUCAGCCCUCCUCUCCACACACAGAAAAGAGGAUGAAGCACACCUGGCCUCUUUUGAUUGGCUUGUUGAGUCAUGUGACCCUGGCAUGGGGCUUUGCCCGUCUGACAGAGGACGUGGAGCAGCGAUCGGCCUUCUCUGUAGCACGCACCAACAGCAUGGAGGGUGGCCCCAAGAUGGUGGUCACCUUUGAUAAGGUCUAUGUCAACAUUGGCGGCGACUUCGACCCCAAAGCAGGCAUGUUCCGCUGUCGGAUACCCGGGGCGUACUACUUCUCUUUCACUGUGGGGAAGUUCCCCCGCCGGGACCUGUCAGUCAUGCUGAUGAAGAACCGCAACGAAGUGCAGGCCAUCGUUUACGAUGAGAACGCCAACGAGGAGCGGAAAGUGCAGAGUCAGAGCGCCAUGCUGCAGCUCGACUUCGGCGACACCGUCUGGCUCCGUCUCCAUGGCGACCCACGUUACGCCAUCUACAGCAACACGGGCCACUACACCACCUUCAAUGGCUACCUGAUCUACCCUGACACCUACAGCUUCCAGGAGCCGGUCGUCAAAGAGACGACGAACCGCCACGAGAACGAGGCUGUGGUUCACGAGAACGCCCAGACCGACAAGGUCAUCCCGGACGCCAGGGAGAACAUCCUGAAAGCGCAGGAUGAGAAGGAGCAAGCUGAGGAAGAGCAACAGACAGAAGAGGAGGAAGAGGAGGAGGAAGAUCCCAGGUCAGCCUUCUCCGUGGGCCGCACCCAGAGUAUCGUGGGAGUGGACCGAGGCCACGCUGAGCACCACCCCAUCACCUUUGACUCGGACUUCGUCAACAUCGGCAGCGACUUCAACAUGUCCACCGGCACCUUUACCUGCCGCCUGCCGGGUGCUUACUACUUCGCCUUCAAUGCUGGGAAGCUCCCGCACAAGACACUGUCCAUCAAGCUGAUGAAGAACCACUUGGAGGUGCAGGCCAUGAUCUAUGACGACAGCGACCAGGAGAAGGCCCUCCAGAGCCAGAGUCUGAUGCUCCAGCUGCAGCGCGGUGACACCGUCUGGCUGUACAGUCACCAGCGGGACGGCUUCGGUGCCUACAGCAACCACGCCAAGUACAUCACCUUCACCGGCUUCCUGGUGUACCCUGAAGCCCCCAAGCAGAAAGUACAGGAGCAGCAGCAGCCGCAGCAAAACACAAAGCCGUAACUGAAAGGAAUUUGGGAGGGGUCCUAUGGAUGAACAUUGGGAAAGUGCUUGCUGGGAUACAUAUUGAUCUGAUAUGUUUGUCAAUGUGUCAUAGUCCGUUCUAAACUCUACCCCUGUGUAUUUUAAACCAGGAAACUAUUAAUAUAUGACUUCCUUCUUGACUGUGCACCUUGUAAAGGUUAUCGCUGGAAAGAGUCUUGUUGUUUUUUAUCCAUUAAUAAAUUGUCAUCAUUGUGGUUUAAAAGCAACCAUAUGGUUUUGCAACAGAACUGGAUAAAACUGAUUUCCUGUA